AUGCUGCCCAUGCUGUGGUUGCUUCUCAGCCUUGCUGUCCCAGUGCUGGGGUUCUACACUCCUGUCAGCUGUCCUCAGGGCCACAAAUGUCAGCUGGCCCUCCUAUCUGGUAAUGAUGUCCUCCUGGAGUGCCCCGUCCAUGGGGCACAGUGGAAGUACUACUUCUCAGUAAUCAAAAAAAGCCAGGCCUUCAACCCUUCCAAGGCGCCCAACAUAGAAGUAACGUUGAGGGGCCACCUUUCCAUUACCAGGCCCCUGCCUUCCCAGACAGGUAACUACUACUGCUGGGAGAAAAACAGCACCCAAGUGACCCAGUACGAGAUUGACUUCCAAGACGUCAACUCCCUGCACAUUACACACAUGGGACUGGAUCAGAUGCCACUGCAGAAUGAAAGCCUUCGUGCGGGCGGCCAAGAAAUCAUGUUCACCCUCUGGGAGCCCUGGCAGGACUGUAACCGCUGUGGAGCUCCUGGCGAACGCAAGCGCCUGGGCUACUGCUAUGUUAUUGAACCGUUGGAGGACCCCAUUCCCUGCGGACUCUACCUGGGGGAGUCUCUGGCUUGGCUACCCCGCCAGAAGCCUGAGGUGCAGUUUGAAGCCUGCUUCGUGGAAUGUAAUGACAUGUCGUUUGCCCUAGUGAGCUUUGUCAUCUUUGACAGCUUCAGCUUCAAUGAGGAGCAGGAGUCUUUGUGGCUCUCCUGCCCCUUAGCAUCCAUCUACAGGCCCGUCAGCUGGGAGGCUGACAACAUCUCCUUGACCUGGCAAAACCAGCUCUCGGGCAAGCACUUCAACAGCACCCUGGACAUCUCCACGGGAGGCAAGCAGCUGCAGAUCUUCCAGCCAGCCACUUACAGGUGCUUCGUGGAGCAGGAGUUCGUGGCCCAGUUCAACCCCAUGGAAUCCCUGGAGUUGAUGGAACCUUUGAUGAGAGAGAACAAGUCCGAGGCACCAGCCAGGAAGUUGCACUCUGUUCCCCUGAUGUUGAAGCUGCUCCUGCUCAUCGGCACAGCCUUGAGUUUGGGGCUGCUCCUGUUCAACACCCUCUGCCCUCUCUCAGGCAAAAGCCGAAGUUUAUUGCUGGUGAAAUAAAAGAAGCCCUCAGGGCACCAGGU